AUGUCUAUAGACAUUUUAGAAGACACCCAUUUAGAAGAGGAUAUUGACAGUACAAUGCCAGUCAAACUUAAAGCUAUAAUCGAUAUAAAUCUGGAAUAUCCUACAGAUCCUUUUUUGUUUUGUGAAACACCAGUAACACCGGAUCUGGUACGUGCAUUACUUGAGUUUGGUCCUUGUCAACCAGGCCUCAAAGAUACUUAUAAAGAUUUUCCCAAAAAUCACAAGUCAGACACUUGGGGCGAUCCAAAAUUGGGUUGUAAGAACUUUGCAAAAGGUCCCGACAAAAUUAACAAACAUGAAAACUCUGAAAGUCACAAGAUUGCAGAGAGAGAACUUUUAAUUACAAUGUUCCGACUUUACAAAGACAGAACCAUAAUAUGUGACAUUUUAACAUCAGAAAAGAAGGAAAUAGAAAAAAAACAGAAUAAUACUGGAAAAUAUGUUACUGAACAUGGAGACGCCAUCGGAAGAUUUAUCCAAUUUUGUGAGCUUCCUGAAGCUAGUGCAGAGGUUUUUUUUAAAACGCUUCUUACAGCAGUCACAGACUUAGGGCUGUCAAUGACCAUGUGCUAUGGUCAGUCCUACGAUGGAGCAAACACCAUGUCUGGUGAAAUAUCGGGCGUACAAAAACGAGUUAGAGAAAUAGCUCCACAUGCACUCUUCACACACUGCUGUGCUCAUAAUUUAAAUUUAAUUCUCAUAGAUGCUGUUUCAUCUAAUAUUCAAACACAGCUGUUUUUUGGAGUUCUGGAAAGCAUAUAUACAUUUUUUACCGGAAGUCUACCUCGUCUUUCUAUAUUGCAAGAGGAGCAACGCAACAACAUAGAAGCAUUUUCAUUAACACUGAAACGACUUAGUGAUACAAGAUGGGCUUCUAGAAAGACAGCAGUAGAUUCUAUAUUGCAGAAUUUACCAGCACUAGUUCUUGCAUUGCGAAGAAUAGUUGACGGUGAAGUUAAAAACUCUACUUCUAAACAGAUUGCCGAAGGAAAGGGAAUUCUUGUUACAAUAGAGACCUUUGAGUUUUUAGUUGUUUUGAUGUUUUGGAAAAUAAUUCUACAUAAGGCUUUAAACGUAUCCAUUUAUUUACAGAAGAGUAGCAUUGAUAUGUUAACAGCCUUUCGAUUAAUUCAGAUUUUUGAAAAUGAGAUGAAUAGCUGGAGAAAUGAAUUUGAAUCAGAAUUUGAUCAGAUUGAGAACGAAGCCACUGAGCUCGCUGAGAAAUGUGAUAUCCGUACGGAGUAUAAGCAACACAGGUUAUACAAACGGAAAAUAUUCCAUGACGAACGAGCAGAGGAUACUCAGAUAUCUGACUCUAGGAAAAAAUUCAUUGUUCAAACUUAUUUAGUGUCACUUGACUCUGUCAUAACUAGUACAAACACAAGGUUUCAAAAUUUUAAAGAUGUGUCUUCCAAGUUUUGUUGCUUAGACCCAAAACAUUUAGCAUUAGAUAACAGUUUAAUACAGUUGGAGCAAUUAGCAGUGACGUACUCGGAUGUUGUUGACAGUGUAACCGAAAUAGUGCAGGAAUUCGUAUCAUUUAGAACAUUUUACCAAGAGGUUUUUAGUGUAAGCAGUGUAAACAAGGGAGUUUCAACUGAAAAAGAACCUCUAGAAAUAGCGGUGACAGUAAACAGCAUUCUGAAAUUCAUGAUAGCUAAUGACUUGUGUUCCAAAUAUCCAAACCUGGCCACUUUGUAUCGUAUAUUUCUGACUUUACCAAUAAGCAGUGCCGGAGUAGAAAGAUCCUUCAGCCGUCUUAAACUCCUGAAAACAUACAUCCGUUCUACUAUGAACGAAGACAGGUUGUCCAGCUUAGCCCUGAUUACGAUUGAACGACAAUUAGCUUCUGAUGUUGAUUUAAAAGACGUAAUUGAUCAUUUUGCUAUAUUGAAACCUCGACGAAAAAGGAUGUUGUAG